UUAUCUUAAUUCAAAGUGAAAACAUCAUCUAAUUUUUCAAUCUCAGCAAAAUGCAAAGUGUUGAGUAUGUUAAAUCUCAAAUCAUCUGGAGAGCUCCAGAAUUUAAAAUUGAGAAUACCAGCCUAGGUGCAGCUAUUUUAGAAAAACUCAAACACAAUGAUCCCAAGAGAAUAUUUGAAGUGCUUCACGAUAGUGACACGAAAGUCACCGUGAGACAAGUCCGUCAUCAAACAAUAACCGCUGCGCAAAAUCUCAUGAACUUGGGUGUGAAAAAGAACGAUAGAGUUGUCUUCUUCACUUUGUUGAACUUGAAAAUAACACCACUUACGUAUGCCUGCUACACAAUCGGUGCACCAGUGUGCUUCUUCGAAACGUAUCUGGAACAAGAACACGUACCUGCCUACCUGCAGAUGCUCGAUCCUUCUGUGAUCAUCUACGAAGAAAGAUUCAAGUCUAUGGUCACAGAGGGCUUGAAAAACCUUAUUCUAACGAAUCUAAGCCAUGUGCUCACUUUGGACGGUGACCAACAGUCUGUUGAGGAGUUACUCUUUGGACCAGUCGUUGAUAUUGAAAGCUUUAAAGCUCCUGACAUUGGAGACCCAAGGACACUACCGGCAAUUUUGGGGUUCACAUCAGCAACCACUGGGCUACCAAAAGUUAUAAUGAAUUCCCACGCUAUGGUUAGACAUUCUGCUUAUAACGGAUGGGAAGCAGAUCCAGAAAGUGUUGUUAUGGUUCUAAGUGAAAUCCGUUGGUGUUGUCAACAGGUGGCUAUGAUUCAACCAGCACUACUUGGGGUCAAGCGAAUUUACAGCUCAACACCUCCACUGGAGCUUACAGGCGAAAUCGUGAGGAAAAUGAUUGACAAGCAUCAAGUGACACAUUAUUUCGAUGUUCCAAGGUUUAUGAGAACCGUAUUCGAAGUAGUAGAACGUUCGAAAGAAAAUGAGCCAUUAACCCUCUCAUCACUAAAAUUUGCUUGGAUUGGUGGUGAAAGUGAUGGAGGAGUGUUAGAAGCAUACAUUGCAAAAAUAAGGCCUCAUUGUAGGUUCGUUAAGUGCUAUGGAAUGACCGAAGUGGGUAACGCAAUUGCCACUACGGAACAGAUCCCAACCAAACAAAAUAUAAAUGGCGGUAUUUUGAAAAAAGGGUUUGUACUAAAACUUAUGGAUAAGAAUGAAAACUCUCUUGGACCAAAUCAAAUUGGCCGAGUGUGUAUUAAAGCAGCUGCACCAUUUUUGGGUUAUUUGAAAAACGAUAUGGCCAACAUGGAAACUUUCAUUGAAGGAGGUUGGCUCAAUACCGGAGACCUGGGAAUUGUGGAUUCAGAUAAUUUUCUUAGUAUUUUCACCAGAGAAAAGUAUACUUUGAAAUAUGCUGAUGGAACAAUGCUUAUUCCAAAUUCAGUGGAAAACUUCGUUAAUAAUUUUGAAGAUGUUCAUUCGUCAGCUCUAGUAGGAAACUCCAGUGCGGACAAUCCCAAACAAUGUUGUGGAACAAUCUUUGUAGUCCUUCGAAAGGGUAUUCCUAAUUCGGCUGAUUUUGAAAAUAGUUUUAGAGCUUAUUUGAGAAAAGAAUUAGCCAAGAAGCAACUAGAAAUUAUCAAGUAUUUCAAAGUAUUAGAUGAUCUUCCGUAUACGAGUUGCUUCAAAGUUGAUAGAAUGGCCUUGAAAUAUAUGGUUAAUGGAGGUUGUAAAAUUUAAUCUAAUAUUGAAAUUUAAAUAUUA